AACUUCAUUUUCAGGGCUUUCGGAAAUGAUCAUCAUUCCACUAAACUUCGUCACGUACACAGCACUAGAUACACUGUAAGAACACAAGACACAACCCGGUCCUGAUUGGUAAGCGCACUACGAUGAAGAGAGUCCAUGUGGAUAACUACGCCCCAAAGUACUACAGCGGCAAGUGGUCAUGGGAUUCGGAGAAGGACUGCCUCAACUUCCAGGCGCACAACGAUCUGGAAAACGCAAGAGAGCGCUAUAUUAUCACCAAUGGCUACAAGUUCCUGCGCACCAUCGACCAGGAGGAGGAGCUCAUCUUCCGGCAGGAGUAUGUGCGCGCCAAGACCAACACCAGCGAUACAUUGGUGCAGAGAGAUAUUCGAGACUUGGUGCUCUUCUUGAUGCCCAAGGAGUUUCUAACCUACAAGUUCGUUGAAUUCAUGCAUGAGCCGGCGGUGCAGUCGGUGCUCCACGCCUCAAUAUUGUACUUCGAGUACUACUUGCGCCUGGUGGAGUUCGUGCUGAUUCGCCGAGAUGAGCUCUCUGGCCAGAUGGCCCAGAUUCAGAGCUCGCAGACCACUGAGAUGAAGAAAACCUAUUCCGUUUACCUGAGCCACUUACGAAUAUUGUUAGCACGAAACUACUGCGAGGUUAUCAAGGGCGAGGGAGUAAUGGCCAAGUACUACCACAUGAAGCCGAUUUCCAACAUAUCAGCAACCAUCCACGACAAGUACUUCCAUGAGCAUUUUUUGGCAGUGGCCAUCCAAAUAGUUUGGAUCUGCAUGCAUCGCCGGGCGUACUUCGUCAUCGAGAUGGAGAUGAAUCGCCUUUUCCGGUCUGAGCACUUUGUUUCCGUUCGCCCUGAGUACCUGGAGUUCACGGAGGCGGAGCGAAGUCUUCUCUACGGCCGAAACAGCCGGAACCUCAAUUAUCGCGUCCAGAUCUCUCCGCUGGUCCAGGAGUUGGAGCACGUGGCGAUGGAGGAUUUGCCCAUUCUGUGGAUAGGAAAGCGCAAGUAUAGGGGCACUGAUCCCCGAAUUGCCCAGCUUGAAGUGGAGUACGUGGUGCCCGGAUCGCAGCUCCGCUUGAUUGACAUUUCCCAUGGCAUCCUGGGCCACCCAAAGAAGCUAUACAACACCCUGCUGAAUCUCGAUUGGCCGGCAGUUCGAUUCCUAAACUUCUCGCAGCACUACGACCCGUAUCACAUCAUCAGACGGAAUCACCUGGACAUUCCCAGGCUGGGUGAACUUCAGAUGCGGAAAAUGUGCGAGAGCUAUGAACACUUUUACGAGAUCUUUCACUUUUUCGAGCCAGUCACCCACUCUCAGAUCUGCAAGUGGGUCAAACGAGAAAUCAACAUAGCGUACUUCCGGUCCGGAGGCCUGCUCACAAACGUGGUCUCCCGCUGUGAAAACGAGUUGGCCUCCACCUUUGAGGGACAAGCCGUCGACAAAAUCAUUGCCAAUUACUUCAAGUUGGUCUCCAACAUACGGAAGGUGGACUACUUUGAGUCGCCUCGUGCCAGUGACAUUAGCGCCUUCAAAAAGGGGAUCUUUGGUAAAGGACACAGCUCCUUAUAAGUCGGCUUAAAGUAGAAGCUUAAAGCAUUGUUGGUUGCGACUUCGUAAAUGAGUACUACCUUACUUUUAAGUACCAAAAAUAGGUAUUCGUGUGAUUUCUACAUUUCCAACCUGUCUACAUAUAAAAAAAAUACAUUUAUACGUUAAUGAAAACAUAAAAUAACUAAAAAUA